AAUUACACACGACACACGGUUUUUUGAUAAUGUUGAGGGAUUGCCUAAAACGUUGAGGGAUAUUAUUAAUUAAAUUGUAUAAUGACUGAAGAUCAAGAUGCAAAAGAUUCGCAGUCAGAUUCGGGCAGUAAAACCUUUAUUAAUAAGAACAAGGACAAGAAAACAAAAACCCAACGGCCGCUGACCAAAAUUAUACUUCGGCGGUUACCGCCUACUAUGACUGAGGAGGCGUUUUUGGAGCAGGUUUCGCCGAUACCUGAACAUGACCAUUUCUAUUUUGCUAAGCCAGACCCUUCGCUUGGCAAUAACCUAUAUUCCAGAGCUUACAUAAACUUCGUUAAUGUUGACGAUAUUUACUUAUUUAGAGAUAAAUUCGAUGGAUAUGUAUUUCUAGAUGAAAAAGGUGUAGAGUAUGUGGGUAUAGUGGAGUAUGCCCCGUUCCAAAGAAUACCCAAGAAAAAAAAGAAGAAAGACCCCAAAUGUGGUACCAUAGAGAGUGACCCCAUCUAUCAAGACUUUGUUGAAAGUCUCAAAAAAGAUCCUGAGACUGAAAAUCAACCAAAACUUGAAUAUUCAUAUCCUGUUAAUGAUUCCAAUGACAAGAAAGUACAAUCCACUCCAUUGCUGGAAUACCUUGCUGCGAGGAAGCAGGAUAAGCGAGGAAGAGAUGAGCGUCGCAGGAGAGAGAAUGACAAGAGGAAAAUGAGGAUAGAAAGGAAAACCAAAGACUCUAUUAAGAGACCUGGUGAUAUAUCAGAAGACGAGAACUUCAAUGACAAUAUAGAUUACUAUGACAACAAAUAUAACAAUCACAGUUUCUGGUACGGAGAGCAAAGAAUAUAUCAUAAAAGUAAAGUGAAAUGUGCAGUCUCCAAGUCUGAACUAAAGAGUAUUCAUGGUUCUGAUGAGUUUAUCAGUACCGACUCUGAUUGGGACAGCCACUUCCCCGCCCUGUCUACCAAGACCCACAACACAUUCACACUAACCUCUGGUAAAUUCUGCGAUAAGAAAGAAACACAAGAAGGUAGCCAGAAAAGUGGUGGUGACACUUGUUUCAAGGAGGAAGAGACUGCAGAAGGUGAAGUUAAAAAGAUCAAAUCCAGAGAAUGGGAAAAAGAAAAAGCAAGUGAUGCCAGGGAUGACCAGGUGAAGUCUGAUGGGAAAGAUGGAUCUGUAUUUGAAUCUAAAUCAUAUAGAGACCAGCGCAAGACUGGUGCUACUGUUGUUAGCGACAAAAAGAAAAAACCUGAUUCUGAUAAAAGAGACGCCAGAGACGACGACCAGGUCGAGGACGACGACAUGGGAUACAAGAAAGAUAAACGGGAGAAUACUAAAUUCAGUAAGGAGUCACCCCGCGAGGUGAAGAGUAAAAAGUAUAGUGACACUAGGAAAGAGAGAAUAAAACAAACUGAAGUUGGGAAAUCAGACAAACAAUCAGCUAUAAACAAAAUCAUGUCUUCUGACAAUAAAGUUAAGUCUAUAAAUCAUGACGACAUCAAACCAUUCACACAACUGCCGCACGUAAAGACUGACGACUUGACUAAGAUCAUCGAGGGAAUGGACAAGAAAGUGAAGCUCAGUGAUAGUAGUAAGGAGUCCAAUGAUGACUCAAUCUCCAAGAGCUCCCCUGUAGGUGUGUCAAAGAUGAGGAGGAAUAGCUUGGAGUCUGGGGAAAUGCCUGUCAAAGAUGAUUUAGUUUUGAAAAGGCAAAAUUCUCUGGACGACAGAAGCAAAUCAACUGACAGGGAGGGUUCGGAGGAGAAGGAGAAGAGUGAGAGUGGCGAUCGUCGUACGGAAAGGAGAAUUAGGAAUAAGGAUCGUCCAAGCCUCGUGAUCUACCAGCCGGGAAUGGGGAAGUUCAGCAAGCAGCGCCUGGCCAAGGAGAAGGACACGCCGCCGCCCGCCAAAAGUAUAAACGAUAGUGAGAAGAAAGACACCUGAAGCCAAUGUCACGCUACCCUAAACUUGGACAACAUUCAACGGAAUUACCCUGAAGCUGGCAUUCAAUACGUGUCCUGGCAGACUCAGUAGAUGAGGACACUUGAAUGUGCCAACUGAAGGAACCACUGUUCGUGUUUACUCAGCUGUUGUUUUUAUUGAUUUGUUUAGUUUACAUUCAUUUCGAUUGAGUUGGAGAUGUUUUAACAUUACAAAAAAAUCAACAUAGCAUUUAAUGCAACAUAUUUUUAGCUUGUGACGAUUUAAUUCAGUUUGUUAAUUUCAUUUAAAUAUAAUUAAUUUUUGAAAUGGGG